CCCCUGCCGUCACCAUGGCCCGCACCAAGCAGACAGCGCGCAAGUCCACGGGCGGCAAGGCGCCCCGCAAGCAGCUGGCCACCAAGGCGGCCCGCAAGUCGGCGCCCACCACCGGCGGCGUGAAGAAGCCGCAUCGCUACAGGCCCGGCACCGUGGCGCUGCGUGAGAUCCGCAAGUACCAGAAGUCCACUGAGCUGCUCAUCCGCAAGCUGCCCUUCCAGCGCCUGGUGCGUGAGAUCGCUCAGGACUUCAAGACAGACCUGCGCUUCCAGUCCAGCGCCGUGCUGGCGCUGCAGGAGGCCGCCGAGGCCUACCUGGUGGGCCUGUUUGAGGACACCAACCUGUGCGCCAUCCACGCCAAGCGCGUCACCAUCAUGCCCAAGGACAUCCAGCUGGCACGGCGCAUCCGCGGCGAGCGCGCGUGAGCAGCUGCUGCCAGCAAAGACGCCCAGCAGAGGCGGCCGGGAGGCUUGCCAGCCCCCACACGCUGGACUGCUCAAGGUUGACAGCACGCGAAUCCAGGACCACACACCUUCGCCCUUUGUUUUCCCGCCUGAACGACACAUGACACGCCUUUGCGGCGCCACCCCACCCCUGGCGCCCCUUUGUCCGACGUAGCAGCAUCUGCCCGCCGCGUCUUCCAUCAUGCCUCUGUAUUGACAGAUAACACCUGCUCAGGACAUAGUUGCCGUUUGUGCUGCCCGCAAGUUUACCCACGGGAGCCGCAUGUAACAUCGGUUA